GAGCCUGUCUAACUCCACACACAAACACACUCACACUGGGACUCACACUGGGACACUGUCACAAAUAGACAGAAAGACUUAGUCUUUUAACAUGACCGGCAUGGAUACAAGACUUCAACACAACCGAGACAAAUCACAUGGGAUAGGAUGCAACGAUAACGCGGUGAAAUACCUCAACCAGGACUUUGAAGCGCUAAGGAGAAGCUGCCUGGAGAGAGGGCAGCUGUUUCAGGAUGACUGCUUUGAAGCUCUGCCUUCAUCCUUAGGGUUUAAAGAUCUUGGACCUAACUCCUACAAAGUUCGGGGCAUCACCUGGAAGAGACCCACGGAAUUGUGCUCCAAUCCACAAUUCAUAGCUGCAAAUGCUACAAGGACUGACAUUUGUCAAGGAGCUCUUGGCGACUGCUGGCUCCUGGCAGCUAUCGCCUCCUUGACCCUCAACAAACAGGUUUUGUCUCGUGUUGUCCCCCAUGACCAAAGCUUUGACGAGAACUACGCUGGCAUCUUUCACUUUGAGUUCUGGCAGUUUGGUGAGUGGGUGGAUGUGGUGGUUGAUGACCGCCUGCCAACCAGAGAUGGAGAACUGCUGUUUGUUCACUCAGCAGAGAGUUCAGAGUUUUGGAGCGCACUGCUGGAGAAGGCCUACGCCAAGCUCAAUGGAUGCUACGAGGCUCUUUCUGGAGGCAGCACCAUUGAGGGUUUCGAGGACUUCACUGGAGGCAUUGCUGAGAGGCAUGAUCUGAGCAGACCAGAUCCCCAUCUCUUCCAUAUCAUUGAGAAGGCCUUGGCCAGAGGCUCGCUUCUGGGAUGCUCCAUUGAUGUUUGUUUGAGCUUCUUGUUUCACUCUCAUGUUAAUGGUCUCCUCGUGAUAUCUGGUGGGUUUUACCUCACAAACUUUUCCUCUCCAUCCCAGAUUACCAGCGCAGCCGACUCAGAAGCUGUUACAUAUCGCAAGUUGGUAAAGGGCCAUGCCUACUCCGUGACAGGAGCGGAAAAGGUGGAGUAUAGAGGAAACACUGAGAGGCUGAUAAGGAUUAGAAACCCAUGGGGUCAGGUGGAGUGGAACGGAGCCUGGAGUGACAAGUCUUCUGAGUGGAGAUAUGUGAGCGACGAUGACCGGGAGAGGCUUGUCAACCGUUGUGAGGAUGGGGAGUUCUGGAUGUCAUUUAAGGACUUCCUGCGCCAAUAUUCUCGACUUGAGAUCUGCAACCUGACCCCUGAUGCGCUCAGCAGCGAUGAGUUCAAGAAAUGGGCAGAGAUAGAAUUUGAGGAGACAUGGAGAAGGGGCGUGUCAGCUGGUGGCUGCAGAAAUUUUCCAAAUAGCUUCUGGAUGAAUCCUCAGUUUGUCAUAAAGCUGGAGGACUUGGAUGAUGAUCCUGAUGAUGGAGAGGAGGGCUGCACCUUCAUUGUGGGCUUGAUGCAGAAGAACAAGCGCCGUAUGAGGAAAAUGGGGGAGGAUCUGGAGACCAUCGGCUUUGCCAUCUAUGAGCUGCCUGAGGAGUGUGCUGGCCAAAGGCAAGUGCACCUGAAGAGAAACUUCUUCUUGCGCAAUUGUUCUAAAGCACGCUCCGAGACCUUCAUCAACCUGCGAGAAGUGUGCAACCGCUUCUGUCUUCCGCCUGGAGAAUACCUCAUCAUCCCCUCCACCUUUGAGCCCAACAAGAAUGGAGACUUCUAUGUGCGGGUGUUCUCUGAGAAGUCGGCUGAUUUCCAGGAGAUUGAUGAUCCUGUUGACUGCCAUGUUGAGCAGACCAAUAUUGAUGAAGAUGACAUCAGUGACAGGUUCAAGAGACUGUUUGGACAGCUUGCCGGACAUGAUGUGGAGAUUUCGGCAUUCGAGCUGCAGAGAAUCCUCAACCGAGUGAUAAUGCACAGAGAUGACAUCAAAACCAGUGGCUUUAGCCUGCCAACUUGCCGCAACAUGAUCAACCUGCUGGAUAAAGAUGGAAGUGGCAAACUGGGACUGGUAGAAUUUAAGAUCCUGUGGACAAAGAUUGAGAAGCUCCUGAAUGUGUACAGAGAGAAAGACGCAGACCAAAGCGGCUGUAUGAGCUCCUCUGAAAUGCGGAUGGCUGUUGAAGAGGCUGGUUUCUCUCUCAACAACGCUCUGCAUCAGAUAAUUGUGGCCCGCUACAGUGACCCAGACCUCACCAUUGACUUUGACAGCUUUGUGUGCAGCAUGAUCCGCUUGGAGACACUCUUCAACACCUUCAAGACUCUGGACGAGAAAGGGUCUGGUAGGAUACAGCUGGGUUUCAUGGAGUGGAUGGAUCUAGCAAUGUUGUAGAGGAGCUCUGACUACUGACGGUGGAAGAAGCAUCAACUCUGAUUAUUUGCUGUGUGUUGUCUGUCUAAACUGACAUGUCUGUUGCAUGUCAGUUUAAUCAAUAGUUCCUGAUCUUAAGGGAAGGUAAUGUCUUUAAGUUUGAUAUAAUCCACAAGCAUAAUAAAACCACAAUGUCCUGUAAGUAAGAA